AUGUUAAAUUGUUACAGGGUGACCUUACUACUGAUGACAACACUAAAACUGGCGCUAACACAGGAGAUACGACUUGAUAACUUAGACAAUGGACCAGGACUCUUACCGUUUAAACUCGGACCUGCAAGAGUGACAACCCAUCACCAUACCUUCUUACAGUACAUUGACUUGGACAGAAUUGAACAUGAAAUUAACGAACUAAGAGGACAACUACUAAGUUUUGAACAUAGACUCUUUAACACUACUUACACGGUAUAUGAGCCCCAAAUUCGCUACCUAAUGAAUAAAACGAAUCAUAUAUUAGAACACUUGCAGACUUUAGAACCUAGCAGGACAAAAAGAGGUCUUAUAGACGGACUAGGAUCACUAGUUAAAAGUAUAACAGGAAAUUUAGAUUAUCAGGACGCUAUAAGAUAUAAUAAAGCACUUGAAGUUUUAGAAAAUAACCAAAAUAAAAUUAAUUCAGAACUUAGUAACCGCGCUAGCUUGAAUAAGGAUUGGAUGAAAGAACAGAGCAGUGUGUUAGAAAGACUAGUUCAAAAUCAAAUAGAAAUUAACAAUACCUUACAAUCCUGGUCUGAAAAAGAUAGUUAUAGAGAGAAUAGUUUCCACAGAUACGGUAGAUUCACCCAAACCUUAACAAUCAUUACCGAAAACGCUAAUGACGUAUUAAAUGGAUUAAUUAAUAUAGAGAAUAUGUUAGCUUUUACUCGUACAACCACGACUCAUCAUUCGAUGAUUAGUCUUAAAGUACUUAGGUUAAUGUUAAGCAAGCUUAGGUUAGUUUACGGCCCGGAACAAGUAGUGGACUUAGAAUUAAGGGACUAUUAUACCUUGAUAAGAUCCGGUUCAUACUUCGUUAAUAAACAGAUCGUAAUAAUUUUUAAAUUCCCUAUAGUUUCAAAGAGUACUUAUGACUUGUAUAGAUUAUCCUUAGCUCCCAAUAGAUUUCACCGAGUAAUUAUCCCACCUUCUCCUUUCCUAGCAAUUAAUAGAAAAGAAUUUGUGUACAUAGAGGCUGAAUGCCCGAAGUACCAUCACCUGUCCCUUUGUGAUGAGACUUCCCACAGGAGGAUACGCACUACGUCAGACUGCAUUCAACAGAUCAUCUUGAGGCAAACUAUCGAAGAAACCUGCAUAUUUUCGACGGUCCAUUUACUAAAAGAAACUGUAGAGCAACUGGAUGACCGCAGCUACAUCAUAUCGUUCCCAAAAGCAGCAAAGGUUCGACUCAGCUGUGGCACAGAAGCAUACAAUGUACUGAAUGGUAGCUUUCUCGUUACGCUACCCCUGCACUGCUCUCUGCAAUCUCCUGAAUUCACUAUUUUAAACUCAGAUGAUGCUAUACAAGGGCAGCCACUGAAAAUUAUGAAGAUAGAACAGAGUAUAGACACCGCAAUACAAGGGACUCCACACUUACAUCUUACAUCUAUAGACCUGAAAGCACUUCAUAGUAUCCAAGAAAAGGCAUCGCUCCGGACUCCCCUACAGAUGGAAUCAUUAGAUGAAUCUUAUUACUAUCAUACAACGCUACCCUUUUAUGUUGUAUUAUCCGGCGUAAUUAUCUUCGUCGUUGUAUCUCUAAUCCGUCGUUACAAGCUACGCAGAUCAGUAAACAUUGAAGUAGCAAUAGAUUCUAACGAAGAAAAGCACACAGAGGAUGCCGGAGAUCAUGCCCUUACGACACCAUCUCAGACAACCAUUUUCUCGCACAAAAUCGGAAAAUAG